AUGUCGGACUCGGCGCUGGCCAACGGACAUGAUGCAUUAGAGGAGAAGCUCGGUCGCUUGUCGAAGAAGCCUGGCGUUAAAGCCAGCAUCGUCCUCGAUCGCGCUACAGGCGCGAUCCUCAAAACCAGUGGACAGGUCGACGCUCUUCAAACAUCGAAGUCUCGGACUACAUCCACGGCCACAACAUUUUCCAAUGACACCCCAGCGUUAGAGGAAAGCGAAACCCGAGGCGUCGAGCAGUUCGCAGCGAUCGUCUGGAAUUAUGUGAAUAGCUCCGGCAACUUGGUCCAGGAGUUGGAUGGCGAGGAUGAGUUGAAGCUACUACGGUUACGGACACGGAAACAGGAGUUGGUCAUUGUACCCGACCCAAAAUACCUGCUUGUCGUUGUGCAUGACACACCGCCAGCCUGA